AAAGUAAAUAAAUUAAAUCUUCUGCUGUCAACGGUUCCCGCACGAUUCCCGCUGUACCGCGAAUUUGUUUUGAUAUCAAUUUGAAAAUUUCAUUAUUUCAAUUUAAUGUGUAUAUCUCAGACAAAAUGUACAUUAAAUCUAUUGUACUAGAUGGGUUUAAAUCGUACGGUACUCGUGUAGAAGUGACUGGAUUCGAUCCGGAAUUUAAUGCGAUCACAGGUCUCAAUGGCACAGGAAAAUCUAAUAUUUUGGAUUCUAUAUGCUUUGUGCUCGGAAUCACUAAUCUCUCUAAUGUGAGGGCCGGUAGUCUUCAAGAGCUGAUAUACAAGAAUGGGCAGGCGGGUAUCACGAAGGCCACAGUCAGCAUCACGUUUGACAACAGAGACAAGGAGCAUUGCCCCCUGGGGUAUGAGAACCAUGAUGAAAUUACUGUUACCCGGCAGGUGGUGAUGGGAGGCAAAAACAAAUACCUGAUCAAUGGCAUAAAUGUGCAGAACAAGAGGGUCAGUGAUCUGUUCUGCUCCGUGCAGCUCAACGUCAACAACCCACACUUCCUCAUCAUGCAGGGUCGCAUCACCAAAGUGCUCAACAUGAAGCCACCAGAGAUAUUAUCAAUGGUGGAGGAAGCGGCCGGUACAAGGAUGUAUGAGUCCAAAAAACAAGCUGCACAAAAAACUAUUGAGAAGAAAGAUGCUAAACUACAGGAGCUGAAUGAUAUAAUAAAAGAAGACAUAGCGCCCAAGCUGCAAAAGCUGCAGGACGAGCGCGCGCAGUUCCAAGAGUAUCAGAAAGUUGUUCGCGAACUGGAGAACCUCACCAAACUAUAUGUGGCUUGGAAGUAUGUGUCAGCGGAAGAGAAAGCGAAGGAGGCGGCAGACAAAGUGGUGGCGGUGCAGGACGACAUCAAGGGCAGGCACGACAGCAUCGCGGCCAACGGGAGACUGGCGCAGCAGCUGGACCAGCAGGUCGCUGACAUCAACAAUAAAAUUGAUGAGGAAAGCGGCAGCGUGCUGAAGCAGCUGGAGCAGGAGCUGCAGGGCCACGAGAAGAGCGAAGCGGGCGCGGCCGCGGCGCACCGCGCGGCGCGGGACGCGCUCGCCUCGCAGGAGAAGAAAGCGCGUCUGCUGGAGCGCGCGCUGGCCGACGACACGGCGGCGCUGGCCGACAAGCGCCAGGUGCUGGACCAGGUGUCGUCAACGUUCGAGCGGCUCCGCGCGGCGAGCGACGAGAGCGAGGCCGCGCUGGCGGAGGCGCAGCAGCGCUUCCUGGCCGUCAGCUCGGGGCUGGAGGGCGCCUCCGAGUCGCUGCAGGAUCAGCUCAUGGCGGCCAAACAAGAAGCGUCGGAGGCUUCGACGCGCAUCUCGCAGAGCAUGAUGGAGAAGAAGCACGCCGAGGAGCGGCUCAAGGCGCUGCAGAAGGAGUUCAAGACCAGCAGCGCGCAGUACGAGAAGGACCGACGCAGCAUCGACAAGCACCAGGCGGACGUCGACCAAGUGCAGGCCCAGCUGGCCGGCAUCAACUAUAGCGAGGAGCGCAGCCGCGAGCUGAAGGAGACGAUGCGCUCGCUGCAGGGCGGGCUGCGCGCGCGCCGCGACCGCGCCGACGCGCUGGCGGCGCGCCUGCAGCGAUGCAACUUCAACUACACGCCGCCGGAACCCAACUUUGACAAGAGGAGAGUACACGGGCCCGUGUGCCGGCUCAUAGACGUGCCGGACCCGACCUUCUGUACGGCGCUAGAGGAAGUGGCCGGUGGAAGGCUGUACGACGUGGUGGUGGACACGGACGUGACCAGCAAGCUGCUGCUGCAGCGCGGCCAGCUGCAGACGCGCACCACCAUCAUCCCGCUCAACAAGAUCUCCGGCUUCGUCAUCCCGCGCCAGAAGCUCGCCGCUGCGCAGGACGUCGCGGGCGACCCCAGCAAGGUGCAGCUGGCGCUGGACCUGAUCUCCUUCCCCGAGGAGGUGCGGCCGGCCAUGCAGUACAUCUUCGGCGGCACGCUGGUGUGCAGCGACCUGGACGUGGCCAAGCGCGUCACGUACCACCCCUCCGUGCGCUGCCGCUGCGUCACGCGCGACGGUGACGUUUUCGACCCCUCGGGGGUGCUGUCCGGCGGGGCCCGCCAGAAGGGCGGCUCGCUGCUGGUGCGGCUGGGCGAGCUGCGCGAGCUGGAGGCCGAGCUGCGCGCGGCCGAGGCGCAGCUGGCGCAGUGCGGCGCCGAGCUGGACGCCAUGCAGCACGUCGCCGACAAGUACAACUCGCUGCAGCAGAAGUUAGAGAUGAACAGCCACGCGCUGCGGGUGGCGCGCGAGCGAGCGGCCAGCACGCCGCACGCGCAGCUGCUGCAGGAGGUGGAGGCGCUCGUGGAGCGGGCGGCGCAGCUGGCGGCGGCGGUGGAGCGCGACCGGCGCACGCAGGCCGACACCGCCGAGCGCGCGCGCGAGCUGGAGGCCAAGGUCAAGGACAUCAAGGGGCACCGCGAGAGAGAGUUCAAGAAAGCAGAAGAGGCGCUCAAGAAGGCGAAGAAGGACGCGGAACAUCACAGCAAGUCGUGGAAGCAGCGCGAGCAGGAGUUCGAGACGCUGCGCCUGGAGGUGGAGGAGCUGCAGAAGGCGGUGGAGGGCAGCGCGCGCCAGCUGCAGGACACCGGCGACAGCGGCGCGCAGCUGCAGGCGGCGCUGCGGGCUGCCAAGGACGACCACGACAGUGCUACUGCGGCUGUGAAAGAACUCCAAACAAAGAUCAAGAAGCAAAAAGCAGAGAUCGCCAACCGCAACACGGAGAUCGCGCGCCUGCUGCAGAAGAAGGAGCAGCUGGCCAAACAGAACGACGACACGGAGCUGAAGAUCAAAGAGCUGGACUAUAAGAUCAAGGAGCUGCAGACGGAGGCUACCGACUGUGAGAAGAAGAUCAAGAGUCUAGAGAAGGAGAACCCGUGGAUCCCGUCGGAGCGGCAGUACUUCGGGCUGGCGGGCGGCGCCUACGAUUUCGCCGGCAAGCAGGCCCACCUGGCGGGCUCGCGCGUGGCGCAGCUCCGGGAGCGGCAGGACAAGCUGGCGCGCGGGCUCAACGCGCGCGCGCACACGCUGCUGGGCAAGGAGGAGGAGCAGUUUCAAGAUGUGAUGCGCAAAAAGAGGAUAGUGGAACAGGAUCGCGCCAAGCUGGUGGAGGUGAUGCUGGAGCUGGACGAGAAGAAGCGCAAGACGCUGGUGGAGGCGUGCGAGCAGGUCACCAAGGACUUCGGCUCCAUCUUCAGCACGCUGCUGCCGGGCGCGCAGGCGCGGCUGCGGCCGCCGCCAGGGAAGAGCGUGCUCGACGGGCUGGAGGUGAAGGUGGGGUUCAACAACACGUGGAAGGAGUCGCUGGGCGAGCUGUCGGGCGGGCAGCGCUCGCUGGUGGCGCUGUCGCUGGUGCUGGCCAUGCUGCUGUUCAAGCCGGCGCCGCUCUACAUCCUGGACGAGGUGGACGCCGCGCUCGACCUCUCGCACACGCAGAACAUCGGCCAGAUGCUGAAGGAGCACUUCAAGCACUCGCAGUUCAUCAUCGUGUCGCUGAAGGACGGCAUGUUCAACAACGCCAACGUGCUGUUCCGCACGCGCUUCGUGGACGGCAUGUCGUCGGUGCAGCGCACCGUCAACACCAGGAGAUGACUGCAUUUAGUUUAAGAUUGUAUUAGUGAUGUAUGCAUAUUGUUCUAUGUACAAUGGUGCGGCUGACUGAUCUACGUAUUCUUUUGUGAUAAAAUGUAAUUCCGGUCGAUCGAUAAAUAAUCGGGAUUUAGGGUGAGGAGAAACAGGCGUAAUUUUGUGAGCUGUCAGUCGUGUUUCGGUCGCAGAAAUUCGGAACACAACUCAUUUUGCGACGCCGCCGUGUGGUAGGAACUGGACUUUUGUUUGAAACCAAAUAUACCAGAAACUACGCAAUUGACAAUUCACAAAAUUACGUUCGUUUGGCCUCACCCUUAUGUUUUCCAAUAUCUAGUUAACUGCCUUAUUGACCUAUGCGGUUACAAAUCACAAGGUCCCAGAUUUGUAUCUAGGCCGAGCUAUAUGUAAGUAAUACUAUAUAAUUCUUUAUUUUAAGAAAAAUUCUGUGAUAAUUGUAAUUGAAAAGUAAGCAACAAGCAGCAUGAUGAAGCUCGCAUAUAAGGAGGCAGGGGCAAAUUCGUUCGUAACACAAACCCGAUGGUUCGCCGGGGCAGGGAGGCGGGUAGCGAUGACAGAUAAACCCACAAAUAAUGCACCCCACUUCCAACUCUGCCCCCGCGCACGAGUUCACAACCGCGCAGUCCUUCCCUCCCCGUCGCCCGCAUAUCAUGGGGCCAAGCUAUAGCUCUGUAGACCGUUAAAAUAUGCUGUUAGUGAUGGAUAUCUAUAAUGUCAAAGUGACAUAUGCCACCCGCACCAUUCUACAUUGAAUCUCUUAAUUAAAAAUAUGUUAUUUUUAAUAAAAAUUUGUUGAUAUUAA